AAACUGGGCGCAGGGUGGGUGGGUCUGCUGGGGCCUAGAGAGCGUCGGGGCUGAUCUAAGAAGAGUUGGACCAGCCUCUCCCCGGCACGAAGUUACUUCUGGAGCCGCCUCCCUCGUCCAGGAAAGGAGCCCGGGACCCUUUAUCUGAAAUCUUUGGGGACAGCUAUAUUUUGGAAUCCAGAAUUUUUCCGAUUUGAGGAUCUGUGGGAUUUUGGACUGUGAUGUUUGAUCAAACCCAUCUAGGACUGUCUAGGAUAAGACACCAGAUAGCUUCGUGUCAGGUCAAACCAGGAAGGAAGAAACUUUCGUUUUUGGAGCUUUUUUUGAUUUUGGAGUGGUGGAUGAGCCUGUGUGGACUUGCUUUCACCUUAGAGGGCCUUGGUGAAGAUGGAAAGAGAUAAUGUAGGUGAAGGUGCGGCGGCUGCGAGGUGCUCAGUCAGUGGGACUCAGUGCAUGACUUCUGUGCGCAGAAGUUACGACAGGCGGGCAGACUCAAGAGCUGAUCCUAUCUCUGGGAUAGAGCCCAUAGGAAAAGGUGCCCACCCAGCCAGGCACAGCCGCCUCGUGGGAAGCCGGGAUUCGACCUGCGGCCUGGCCGUGGUGCCACGUUGCGUGUUUAUGUCUUGGCACCACACGAGUGGGCGUUGUGGAAGGCAGGACUGGCCAUUCUCUCCCCCUGGUGACGACCUUAGGGGCAGUAACAGGCCUUGUGUUUAUGCCAAAGACGGCGUAGGUGUCUCGAUGCUAGGCCAGACCUCACCAGCCAGUUCCUUCAUCGAGAGUUAGUUCUUCUUGAGACGUUAGGGAGACUGAGUCCCCAUGCGGAUGGGGACUGGCCUCCAGGGUCGGAGGCAGAAGCCGCGUCUCCCAGUGGCCCUGCAGCGACGUGGUGGUCGAAUGAGUUGUGCUCCUGGCAUCUGGGCAACACACAUGGCCUGACAGGCCUCCUCGCUGGGGAGGCAGAGUCCUCGCGUGGCCUCCUGCCUCGAGCACAGCCUGUGCCCCGGGGAGCCGGGCUUGCAGACAACAGCAGUGGUGUCCGUGGGCUCUGGAGACCAUCAGUUCAACCUCGCAGAGAUCCUGUCACAGAACUACAGUGUUCGGGGGGAGUGCGAGGAGGCCUCGAGGUGCCCAGACAAGCCCAAGGAGGAGCUGGAGAAGGACUUCAUCUCCCAGAGCAACGACAUGCCCUUCGAUGAGCUGCUUGCGCUCUAUGGCUACGAGGCAUCAGACCCCAUUUCAGACCGGGAGAGUGAGGGUGGUGACGUGGACCCGAACCUCCCAGACAUGACCCUGGACAAGGAACAAAUAGCGAAGGAUUUGCUUUCAGGGGAAGAAGAGGAAGAGACGCAGUCAUCUGCUGACGACCUCACCCCGUCCGUGACCUCCCACGAGGCCUCCGACCUCUUCCCUAACCGGAGUGGAUCUCGUUUCCUGGCUGAUGAAGACAGAGAGCCUGGCUCUUCUGCCUCCUCUGACACCGAGGAGGACUCUCUUCCUGCCAACAAAUGUAAGAAGGACAUCAUGGUGGGACCUCAGUUCCAAGCUGACCUCAGCAACCUGCACUUGAACCGGCACUGUGAGAAGAUCUACGAGAACGAAGACCAGCUGCUCUGGGACCCCGGCGUCCUCCCUGAGAGGGAGGUGGAGGAGUUCCUGUACAGGGCGGUGAAGCGGCGUUGGCACGAGAUGGCCGGGCCUCAGCUCCCAGAGGGAGAAGCCGUGAAAGACAGUGAGCAGGCGCUGUACGAGUUGGUGAAAUGCAACUUCAAUGUGGAGGAGGCCCUGCGAAGGCUGCGGUUCAACGUGAAGGUGAUCCGAGAUGGGCUCUGUGCGUGGAGUGAAGAGGAGUGCAGGAACUUUGAGCACGGCUUCCGUGUGCAUGGGAAGAACUUUCACCUGAUCCAGGCCAACAAGGUGCGCACACGGUCAGUGGGCGAGUGUGUCGAGUACUACUACCUGUGGAAGAAGUCGGAACGCUACGACUACUUCGCCCAGCAGACGCGGCUGGGCCGGAGGAAGUACGUCCCAUCCGGAACCACGGACACAGACCAGGACCUGGAUGGCAGCGACCCCGAUGGCCCCGGCCGUCCGCGCCCGGAGCAGGACACCCUGACUGGGAUGCGCACAGACUCACUGAGCGUGGAUGGCACGGCCGGUGGUCUCGAUGAGCCUGGAGUGGCCUCUGAUGGACUCCCAUCCUCGGAGCCAGGGCCGUGUUCCUUCCAGCAGCUGGAUGAGCCCCCCGCUGUACCCCUGUCCCGUCGGCCCCCAGCCCUGGCCGACCCAGCCUCAUACCCGCCGGCCGUCACUGCUCCGGAGCCAGACGCCAGCCCAAGGCUGGCCGUGGACUUCGCCCUGCCCAAGGAGCUGCCCCUCAUCUCCGGCCAUGUGGACCUGAGCGGGGAUCCGGAGGAGAAUGUGGCCCCUGCACAGGUGGCUUUGUCGGUCACCGAGUUUGGACUCAUCGGCAUUGGGGAUGUGAACCCCUUCCUGGCCGCCCACCCCACGUGCCCGGCCCCCGGGCUACACUCGGAGCCCCUGUCACACUGUAACGUGAUGACCUGCUGACUCCUGGCCGCGGGCGGCGUAUGCGGCCCAGACUGGACUUAGUGCUGCCGCUGGGCCCGCCUCUCAGUCUUCCUGACCCCUUCCCCACCCCCUGGGCCUUGGGGUAGCACCUCCUUCUGCUUCAGAACACGUCAGGACUGGGGUGAGGUGGCUGGGCCGUGAGCCCUUGCCCCUGUCCACACAGACUGGACCCAUGGCCACAUCCCACGCCGUCACCGCCCGGCACUGCCACCCGGGUCCAGGCUGCUGCCUGCACGUGGGAUCCAUCGGGCAGCCGGGCACAGUAAAGACCCGGCCCUUGGGACGCAGGGCAGAGCCGGCCACCUGGUCCCUUCCAGCCAGCAGAGGCGAGGGAAGGCGUCACUGUCCCGGCGGGGAGACGGGCAGCACGCCCCGCCCCGCACCAGCAGCCUCCGCCGGGGCGCCCUCACUCCCUGCUUGGCUCCGUCUCUCCGCACCCGGCAGGGUUAGGGCGCCCGAGCCCUGGGGUCGUCGUGGGCAGCUGCUACUCAGUGCCAACCCCGUGGGGCACAGAGCCAUAUACCUCGCUGUCCGGCCCCCACCCAGCCUCGCCGUCCCACCCCACUGUCUCCACUUCAGGAAAAGCCGCACUUUACACCCCCACCUGCCUCUUCCCCCUCCAUCCCUGCUCCCCGAUCCUGAGUGGUUGGGGUGGGGUCCCUCAGCAACCCCAGGUGUGGGUUUGAGGAGACAGGUGAUUUACACCCCCCUUUGCUGUCCUACCCCGGUACCAAGGCAGGGAGCCUCCGGAGGAGCCGGCCCUGCUGGCCACGUGGGGGCCAGACUCCAGCCUGUUUCCCCAGCCCUGCAGGUCUUCCUUCUGUGGGAAGCUUCCCAGGGAGAGGGCUCGGAGUCCUGGUCCCCCUCCUCCCCGGCCCCCUCGUUCGUUUCUGUUUCUGUUUACACGUUGGAGUGGGGUCCUCCGUGGGCGGCGGCGCGCCCUGCCCCGGGUGCCGUCCAGCCUCUUGUGUUCGAGCGCCUUUCCGAGUGGGACUCGACCAUCCCUCACCCCACCAAGGACCACACUGUGAAGUGAUAACUGCCUUGAACCCCCCUUUGCUGUUUUAUUUAUUAAACGAUUUGAAGCCUG